AAGCCCACCAAGCACACUCACAAUCCUUUACUAUUACUUUGCGUGACCAACAAAUCAACUCCAAAAAUUAAAUAAAAAAAUCACAUUUUUCUCUCAAAAUUCUCUAUCUCCUCAUCGGUCAAACAUAUCGAUGAAGGUCACCGCCGACUCUUGUCUCGGCGCUGAUGAAACGGCGUGGCCGCCUGGGUUCAGGUUUCACCCGACAGACGAGGAGCUUGUGCUUUACUACUUGAAGAAGAAGAUCUGUAAGAAAAGGAUAAAACUCAAUAUUAUUCGGGAACUUGAUGUUUACAAGUGGGAUCCUGAGGAGUUGCCUGGGCAAUCGAUAUUGAAGACUGGGGAUAGGCAAUGGUUCUUCUUCAGUCCAAGGGAUAGGAAGUAUCCUAAUGGAGCAAGGUCAAAUAGGGCGACCAGACAGGGGUAUUGGAAAGCAACAGGGAAGGACCGCAUUGUUGUGUGCAAUUCUCGGAAUGUUGGAGUGAAGAAAACCCUAGUUUUCUACAGAGGCCGAGCGCCGAGUGGUCAACGAACUGAUUGGGUGAUGCACGAGUAUACUUUGGAUGAAGAAGAACUUAAUAGGUGCCCAAAUGUGCAGGAUUAUUAUGCGCUUUACAAGGUUUUCAAAAAAAGUGGACCUGGACCUAAGAAUGGUGAACAGUAUGGAGCACCAUUUAAGGAAGAGGACUGGGCUGAUGAUGAAAAUCCAUGUGUCAAUAGCUUGGUUACUCCAGAGAUUCCUGUUGAGCAGCAUAAUGAAGUGUCUCUUGUUGAUAAUGUUAGAGUGUCAGCUCAACUUGAGCUGCCAUUGAAUGAUUUUGAGGACAUAAUAAAACAAAUAGCUGAAGAACCUGCUCUUAACCAUCUACAGAACAAUGAUUUCACUUAUCCACUGCCCCAGGUUGCUAGUGAAGAAGAGGCACAAAGUACUUUAGUUGAUCCAUCUUUCAGGGAAGUUGUUUCUGAACCAGCUGGAGAGUUGACGACAAGUGGUCAGCACUACAAUAAACACACCAGCUUAAACUUUAACCAGUCAGCUACCUCAACAUUGCAAUUGCACGAGGCAUCUGAGGUCACAUCUGCUCCCCAGUUAAAUGAAGAGGAUUUCCUGGAAAUUGAUGAUCUCAUUGGUCCAGAGCCUUCUUUCUACAACACUGAGCAACCUGCCGAAAACUUGCAGUUUGAUGGAUUGAGUGAGUUUGACCUGUACCACGAUGCAGCCAUGUUUUUGUGGGACAUUGGGCCUGUUGAUCAGGAAGCAGUUUCAUGUUCAUACGUGAGUUCCUAUGGGUGUGAUAUGGUUAACCAAGCAAGCUACCGGCUGCAGCCCAAUUCAAUAACAAACCCGGUGGAUUAUCAGUUGCAGCCAAAUUUGGUGGCCAACCAGGUGGAUUAUGAGCUGCAUCCACAAUUUUUUGAUGCGGAGCAGAUGAACAAUCAGCUGUGGGUGCAUGAUCAUCAAAAUAAUGCAUUAGCUACUUCAGAAUCACAUCAUGGGAUUCUUUUCCAAUCAACAGGUGCUGUGUGCGAAUCGAGCGAUAAUUCUACUGGAGCCAAUGGAAAUCAAGGGAGCAAAGAGGGUGAUGCUGCUAAUGGUUGGUUAUCUUCUGCCUUGUGGGGUUUUGUUGAGUCCAUCCCUACUACGCCUGCGUCAGCCUCAGAGAACCCUUUGGUUAAUAAGGCUUUUGAGCGAAUGUCAAGCUUCAGCAGGAUUAGAAUGAAUGUCAAAAACAUCAAUGUUGAUGCAGCGCUUUUCUUCAAAUUUUUGCCCUUGGUUUGUGGGAUGUCAACGCAAAUUCUUACUAUUCUCCGAUUGCGAAUCAGCAGGGAAAAACCAACUCGUGGCCACCCGAAAGAGCCAUCAGAUCGUAAGAGGACUGUCAAGUUCCUCGGAGUUUGAAAGGUCAAAGUUUGACACAACGUCAUAUAUUGACACCUUUCAAACAGGAGUUUGAUCCAUUCGCAACACCAGACAAACACAUCUGAAACAAUAAAAUCACUUUAUCUCGGUAAGUUAUACAGAAGACUAUUUUCCUUGACAUCCAUCACAAAUCAAAAGCCUCGAAACCAUACGCUCUCUAUUGAGUCUAUUCCAUGGAUCGGUGUGAGGUAAUACGGUAAAUAUUCUCUUUUUAUGAAUUGCUAAUGGUUUGAAAACCUCAGCCCUGGUCACUGUAAUUGAAGCAUGUUGAUUUAUUUCAAGCCACAAUGACAGUUAAAGAGUCUUUCUUCAGGCCUUCAAAAUUUCAAUAGAUAACUUCCUAUAGCUCUUAAGGUUGUAUUGUCUUGUGAAACUAAUAGAUAUUGGGUUUAUGAUAUCUCAAACACCAUGGUUGAGGAUUUGUGGAUGACUCGUAGUAUUUCAACAGUUGGAUACUCACAAUCGAUUCCGAGCACUCAAUCUUUGAAGUUCUAGAUGAUUUUUAAGCAACAUGUUGAAGCUCGAAUGACCCAUCUUGUUGUUGAGAUAAUCAAUGUAAUGUUGAGACGGCUGAACCCGACAAUUGUACAAGGAGUUGAGAUCAAACAUGGAUGGUGCAUAUGGUCCACCUCAUUAGCCUCCCGGUCCUGAUAAAGACCCUCCUCCUCUUUCUCUUUCUUUAGUCUUUCUCUUUUAGAUGAAUUGUAUUCAAAAUGAUGAGUUUUAAAAUCUGUAAUAAAUAUUUAGUUUUUUAUUUUAA